AUGCUGAGUGCACCAGAACCAGCCGCGGAGACUUCGGUUUCCCGCCCGCCUUCGAGGGGAGGGGAUGGGACUCCCGCCGAAGGGGCAGUCCCGAGCAGUGGAGGGGAUGCCCCGCCCCCCGCCCCGCCCCCAGCCCAGCCAGAACAUCAACCACAACAGAGCGCCCAGCAGGCCCCCAACCAACACCGCGACUCCGACGAUGAGGAGGCACAGGUUAAUGUCCGAAAACACUACACAUCCUCGAUGGGAAGGUUACGGCGAGGUUAUAUUCCAGCUCGGCAAUAUGUCCCCACAACACUUUGGUGGCCUCCAUCCUGCAGGAGCCGCACGGCCUAUGGUGCCCGAACACACAGCUGCCCGCGGGGCAUUGACUGGCCCCUGCGGUUGGACAACGAGCGCCCUUGGCGUGUCAAGGCCUCCUCAUUGGCUGAAAAUCGUUAG